AACAAAACAAUCAGUUUCGUCGGUGAUCAACAAAAACUACGCGGUGCCGAAACUGUAAAUAAAAUAAUAGAAAAACGUGAAAUUUAGUGUUAAAUUGAAAAAUGAGUGGUCCUAACGGGAUGCUGUAUGGUGGCGAUGAAAUAGGCGCGUUGGUUUUCGAUCCUGGGCAUCAUUCCUUGCGCGUUGGUUAUGCUCAAGAAGAUACGCCUAAAGCCGAUAUUCCGGCUGUGGUUGGCGUUGGACCAGCCACCCAUAUCCCUGAACCUGAGGAGAAGGUCCCUGAUGGCAAUGUCACGCAAAGCGGUAAGCACCAGGUUAUCCGUUCCCCAUCCGAACACCACCCUGCACUAUUCACCGAAGCAGUCUGGACGACGCGGCCAGCUCGAGAGAAGCUAGCAGAACUCCUGUUCGAGAAGUACCAGGCGCCUGCAUUCUUCCUGGUGAAGAGUGCGGUACUGGCUGCGUUUGCUAACGGGAAGAGCACGGCUUUGGUCGUAGAUGCUGGAGCCAGUCAGACUUCUGCCGUGCCUGUUAUUGAUGGAUAUGCGCUUGUGAAUGCCGCCGUCCGGUCCCCGGUCGGAGGCGACCACCUCGCGGCGCAAGCGAAACACAUGCUGUCCAACUUACAUAUACAGAUGCUGCCCAUAUACAGUAUACAGAGUAAGGAAGUGAUAAGAGAGCGCGAGCGUGGCCGGUACACCCUGAAGACGCUCCCGGCGGGACUGACGCACUCCUGGCAACAGUACAUGCUCAAACGGCAGUACGAGGACUUCUGUCACUGCGUCGCGCAGAUAUCGGAGAGUCAGUACGAGGAGCGCCAAGCGGCGUCAGUCCCGUUCACCCACUACGAGUUCCCCGGCGGGUACCACCAGGACUUCGGCCCUGAACGGUUCAAGCUCACCGAGUGUCUGUUCGAACCUACGUUGGGGGCGCCGCAUUUGGUAUGCGCGGCGGCGGCGGCGUGCGACGCGGACGCGCGGCCGGCGCUGUGGGGCUCCGUGGUGGCGUGCGGCGGCCUGGCCAGCACGCCGGGCUGGCUCGAGCGCCUCGCCAAGGACCUCGCCGCGCGCGCGCCCAGCUCGCAUCGCCUCAAGACCACCGCCGCGCCCAACCCCACGGAGCGACGGUUCGCCGCCUGGAUCGGUGGCUCGAUCCUAGCUUCCAUAGGCUCCUUCCAGCAGAUGUGGAUAUCAUCACAAGAGUAUGAUGAAGGCGGCAAGGGGCAGCUCGAGAGGAAAUGCCCUUAAUGUAUAAACAAUUGUAAAUAUACAUACAUACACAUUUUUAUAUAUAUAUAUAUUAGUUGAGGAUAGCUGGUAUUUGUGUAAAGAAAUGAUCUAGACUUAGGAGCAAAGACACGGAGGCACUAGCAGUUGUUUUUUGUAACUAUAUCGAACACUCUAUAACUUUAAAAAAAAUAUUCCUUUUACAACAAAAUGCUCUCAUUUAAAAGGCGACCAAAUUGCAUUUUAUAGGAUAUACGGGUUAUGUUGGGUACUGCCUUCAUCAAAAAUAAAUUAUUUCGACUAUUCAAUACAAUAAAAUAUAAAAAAAUAAACACACUCUCAUUACU